GCGGCCAUGAUUUUUCUUAAAGUAAGAAAACAAUAAAGGCUAAGACUGAGUACAUGUGUGUGAAUGAAAGGGAGGGAAGUGGAACAGUAAGGUUACAGGGUGAAGAGGUGAAGAAGGUACAGGAGUUUAAGUACUUGGGCUCAGCAUUCCAGAGUAAUGGAGAGAGUGGGAAAGAGGUAAAGAAGCGAGUGCAUGCAGGUUGUAAUGGGUGGAGAAAGGUGUCAGGAGUUCUGCGUGAUAGGAAAAUAUCAGCGAGAAUCAAGGGGAAGGUGUAAAGGACAGUGGUGAGACCGGCCAUGCUGUAUGGUUUAGAGACAGUGACACUGAAGAAGAGACAGGAGUCAGAGCUUGAGGUAGCCGAGCUGAAGAUGUUGAGGUUCUCUUUGGGAGUGACAAGAUUGGACAGGAUUAGGAACAAGUACAUCAGAGGGACAGCUCAUGUUGGAAGUUUGGGGGACAAAGUUAGGGAGGCCAGAUUAAGAUGGUUUGGACAUGUUCAGAGGAGGGAGAGUGAGUAUAUUGGUAGGAGAAUGUUGGACAUGGAGCUGCCAGGCAGGAGGCAAAGAGGAAGGCCAAAGAGGAGGUAUAUGGAUGUAAUUAAUGAGGAUAUGAAGCUAGUGGGUGCAAGUGUUGAGGAUGCAGAAGAUAGGGAUAGGUGGAGAGAGAUGAUUUGCUGUGGCGACCCCGAAGGGAAAAGCCGAAAGAGGAAGAAGAUGAAGAAGAAGAAAGGCUACGGAUUUCAGCGCAGUCUCAUACAGUACUACACAGUUCACUUGGCUUUGUAUAAUCAGAUAAUAAGAUUGAAGACCCCUGAUAUAAUGAAUAAAACACAGCAGGGCAUGCGCAGUCCCUCAUCACAUGGACAGAUCUGGUUGAUGCUAAAUGCCAGUCCUCCAUCCGGCACGAAGCAGCUCUCACCCAUUCCUUCUUCAGGUGGGCUGUAUGGCAUCGAUAGCAUCCAGGCCCAGAUCCGUGCUUGA